GGGAGGCGCUAGCAUCCUGGGCAGCGCGCGGCUCCGCCCUCCAUCCGCCUCCACAGUUAAUAGUCCAGACUCUGCGUGUGGGAUACUGUGGCUCUUUCUGGACGAGAGGAGGCAGCAGGGUCCUACGCUCGGCCUGAGCAAUGCUGAGAAGCUGCGCUAUGCGCCUGCGCACUCUCGGGGCCACGCCUGCUAGGCGGCCUGGAGCAGCGAGGGUCUGGAAUCAUCCAGGACUCCUCUGCUUCCUCCUUCCCGAGAACCAGCAUUGGAGUCAGCCCAGCCAACAGCAGAAGCUGAUUCUCCCAUCAAGGUUAUUUUCUUCUGAGAAAGACACUCAUAAGGACUAUGCUCUCCCUAACCCCAGCUGGACUAAGGACCUAAGACUCCUUUUUGACCAGUUCAUGAAGAGAUGUGAAGAUGGCUCCUGGAAACGUUUGCCUUCAUACAGACAAAACCCUGCUCAAGCCCUUCAAGAGUUCCAAACCCGUUUUGUUGACUCAAAGUUCAAGAAAGAAAACCAUAUGUCAAAGGCCCAACAGUUCAGCAGAAGCUUCGAGGAAGGGCUAGGCUUUGAGUAUGUGAUGUUCUACAAUAGCGUUGAGAAGAGGAUGGUCUGCUUGUUUCAAGGAGGUCUUCACCUGCAAGGGGUACCUGGAUUUGUUCACGGAGGUGCCAUUGCAACUGUCGUUGACAUCACUACCGGCUUGUGUGCAAUUGCUGAGGGUGUUGCCAUGACUGCCAAUCUCAACAUCGACUACAAAAAACCUAUCCCCCUUCUUUCUGUUGUUGUGGUAAAUAGUCAACUUCAAAAAAUUGAAGGAAGGAAACUUUUUAUUUCCUGUACUAUUCAAAGUAUUGAUGAGAAGACUUUAUACACAGAGGCAACAGCCUUAUUUAUAAAGCUGGAUCCUGACAAACCUUUGACAUAAAAGAACUUCUAGUGAGUUCCACUCUGUUCUGCAUGAGGUUCUCCCCACUCCAGAAGCAGCACCUAUCUGCACUCCUGUCAGUCACAGCUGCUGAGUCCCCAGGGAAAGUCUGCUCUGACAGCCCCUUCAGGACGGCCUCUGAAAAAAACGGCUCCAGGGACUCACUUUCCACCUUCCAGAUUUUUUUUUUGUAAGAAGUACUUCCCAGGAGAGUCUCAACAAUAAUCUGUAUCUCUCUAGGACAAAUGUGUGGUUCUAACACGUGAACAAACUUUAAAGCUAACAAGCAUA